CCGCGGGGAAGGCGCGACUGUCGGAGUCAAUAAAAUUAGCCCCGCCACGAGUGUUCACUCGACAACACCACGCUCAGCAAUGUCGAUUGACUUUCCCAAGGAAGAAGAGCGCAUCCUUAAGCGCUGGGAGGAGAUCGAUGCCUUCCUGACGCAAGUUGAGCUGUCGAAAGGCAAGGACCCCUACACCUUCUACGAUGGACCGCCGUUUGCGACGGGUAUGCCUCACUACGGCCAUCUUCUGGCUUCUACCAUCAAGGAUAUUAUCCCGCGAUACUGGUCCAUGAACGGACGAUAUGUCGAGCGCCGAUUCGGUUGGGACACGCACGGCGUACCCAUCGAGUACGAGAUUGACAAGGAGCUUGGGAUGUCUGGUCGUGAUGCUGUGAGGGAAAUCGGCAUUGCCAAAUAUAACGAGAAGUGCAGGGCCAUUGUCAUGAGGUAUGCGACCGAGUGGAGGCACACGAUCAACAGGCUGGGUCGCUGGAUCGAUUUCGACAACGACUACAAGACUAUGAACACUAGCUUCAUGGAGUCUGAAUGGUGGGUGUUCAAGCAGCUUUUCGAGAAGAACGCUGUCUAUCGUGGCUUUAAGGUCAUGCCAUACAGUACUGCGCUGUCAACGCCGCUCAGCAACUUUGAAGCUUCGCAGAACUACAAGGAUGUUCAAGAUCCUGCUGUAGUGGUUACCUUCCCUCUCAUCGAAGAUCCCAACACAUGCCUGCUUGCCUGGACAACAACACCUUGGACCCUACCCAUGAACACUGGGCUUUGCGCACAUCCUGACUUCGAGUACGUCAAGAUUCUCGACGAAGCCACCGGCAAGCACUACAUUCUUCUCGAGGCUCUGCUGCGAACACUGUACAAGGACCCGAAGAAGGCCAAGUUCAAGAUCGUGCAGAAGCUCAAAGGCAAGGACUUGCUUGGAUGGAAGUACGAGCCUCUGUUCGAUUACCUGUAUGAUGAGUUUAAGGACUUCGGGUUUAAAGUACUGAACGACACAUACGUGACAGCGGAUAGUGGUGUUGGUAUUGUUCACCAGGCACCCGCCUACGGUGAGGACGAUUACCGAGUUGCUAAGGAGCACGGCGUUGUUACCGAAGAUCGUCUACCUCCUAACCCCGUUGACGAUGCCGGCAAGUACACCUCAGUAGUGCGCGACUUCGAGGGGCAGCACGUCAAGGCUGCGGACAAGGGCAUUAUCAAGAUGUUGAAGGCCAACGGCAGGCUUAUUGUGGACUCUCAGCUUCUCCAUAGCUACCCGUUCUGCUGGCGAUCUGACACACCUCUCAUCUACCGAACCGUUCCGUCGUGGUUCAUCAAGAUCCAAGAUAUCAAGGAGAAGAUGCUCGAGAAUAUCGCAGGGUCGCAUUGGGUGCCUUCGUUCGUUAAGGAGAAACGAUUUGCCAACUGGAUUCAGAACUCGCCAGAUUGGGCCGUUUCAAGAAAUCGAUUCUGGGGUACACCACUGCCUCUAUGGGUCAGUGACGAUGGCAAGGAGGUGGUGUGUGUUGGCAGCGUUGAAGAGUUGAAGAAGCUCAGUGGCUACGAGGGUGAGCUCACUGAUAUCCAUCGCGACAAGAUCGACGACAUCACCAUUCCUAGUCAGCAAGGCAGAGGUGUUCUGAGGAGAACACCUGAAGUUUUCGACUGCUGGUUUGAGUCUGGAUCCAUGCCGUACGCAAGCGCACACUAUCCCUUCGAGAACGUUGAGCAGUUCGAGAAAUCGUUUCCUGGUGAUUUCAUUGCAGAGGGUCUAGACCAGACCCGUGGAUGGUUCUACACCCUGACCGUCCUCGGAACACAUCUGUUUGGCAAGUUACCAUUCAAAAACUGCGUCGUCAACGGUAUCGUGUUGGCAGAAGAUGGCAAGAAGAUGUCAAAGCGACUGAAGAACUAUCCCGACCCUCUCGGUGUUAUGGAGAGCUACGGCUCAGAUGCUCUGCGGUUGUACCUUAUCAACUCGCCAGUCGUUCGUGCAGAGACACUCCGUUUCAAGGAGGCAGGUGUUAAGGAUAUUGUAUCAAAAGUACUUCUGCCGCUCUGGAACAGCUACCAGUUCUUUGAUCAGCAGGUCGCUCUUCUGAAGAAGGUCGCUGACCUCCAUUUCGAAUUCGACCCUGCUGCAGAGAAGACCAACACAAAUGUGCUGGAUCGCUGGAUCUUGGCCUCGUGUCAGUCACUUCUCAAAUUCGUCAACGCUGAGAUGGCCGCUUACCGACUGUACACUGUCGUCCCACGCCUGCUCGAGUUGAUCGACAACACCACCAACUGGUACAUUCGAUUCAAUCGUCGUCGUCUCAAGGGCGAGUACGGUCUGGAAGACACCAAGCACGCUCUGAACACUCUGUUUGAGGUUUUAUAUACCCUCUGCCGUGGACUCGCCCCCUUUACUCCUUUCAUCACCGACAACAUCUACCUCCGCCUCCUCCCUCACAUCCCUAAAGAGCUCCGCGCUAAGGAUGACCGCAGCGUGCACUUCCUUCCAUAUCCCACUGUGCGUGAGGAGCUGUUCGACGAGGAUGUUGAGCGCCAGGUGAAGCGCAUGCAGUCGGUCAUUGAGCUUGGCCGCAUCUGCCGUGACCGUGCCAACAAGGGAUUAAAGACCCCUCUGAAGACGCUGGUCGUGAUUCACCCCGAUCAGCAAUAUCUCGAUGACAUCAAGUCGCUUCAAAACUAUAUUUUGGAGGAGCUGAACGUGCGCGACCUUGUGCUGUCAAGUGACGAGGAGAAAUACAACGUCCAAUACACCGCCACAGCUGACUUCUCCAUCCUGGGCAAGAAACUUAAGAAGGAUGCAAUCAAGGUUAAGAAGGCGCUUCCAAACCUUAAGAGCCAGGAAAUCAAGGAUUAUAUCAAGAACGGUGGAAUCACCAUCGAGGGCAUCAAGCUGGAGGGCGAGGAUUUACUUGUCAAACGUGGUUUGGCGAAGGAUGCCAACAGCAAAGACCAGGAGUUCAACACGGACAACGAUGUCUUGAUCAUUCUUGAUGUCGCCAGCUAUCCCGAGCUUGAGCAAGAGGGUCUGGCUCGUGAGGUCAUCCGACGUGUACAGGAUCUGCGAAAGAAGGCUGGCCUUGUGCCAACGGACGAUGUCGGCAUGGAGUACAAAAUCCUGAGCGACCCUGACAAUGUCGGUCUAGAGGCUGCAUUUGAGAACCAGGGCCCAUUGUUCGAGAAGUCAUUGAGAAGGAAUGUCGACAAGCACACCAUCACUGAACUUGAUGGCAAAAUUGUCGAGAAGGACAACAGUACUGUCAUCGCGGAAGAGGAGCAGGAGAUCCAGAAGGCUACAUUCUUGCUGCGCUUGAUCAAGUUGUAGGGGUGUGAUGGGUAGAAGACGAGCAUAUUCUGGCGCACUCACCACAUCACCAAAAGAGUAGAUAGACGAGGGAAUGAAAGCAUGAAU